AUGAAGAGGUACAGUGUUGACCAAUUUAUCGCAGGAUUUGGAGAUUACAUUGAUGCAAUUGAUACCAUCUACAAAUUAAAAACAUUUAAUAAAGGAGAAGUGUUGAAAGUUUAUAAUCUAAUUAAACAGAAUUUGAUUGAACCCCAGGUUUAUUCACCAAUUAAGAUAAUUUCAAUAAUUUGUGAUGUAAUGUUAUUGAGAUAUCGAUUUUUCAAGUCAUACAUGUUGAUUAUUAAGAAGAUCAUUGAUGAUUAUAAAUUACAAAAUCUUGAAUAUUGCAAUCCAGUUGUUUAUUUCUAUUUAUACAAGGAAUUUAAUAUGAUAUUCGAAUAUGGAUGCGAGAGUUAUGAUAAUCCUUUUCCGGGCAAAUACGAUUUUAUUGAAGAUCUGGAUCAAUCAAAUUCAAUUUACAAUGCAAUUAUUAACGAUGAUAUCAAAUUAUUUGUUUCAAUCGCCGAAGGUCCAGGAACUAAUCUAUAUCAAGCAAAAAAGAUAUCAUAUAAUCCAGAAGAAUUUGGAGAAUCAUCGAAAGAAACUCUAAUGGAAUUCACAUUGCUUGAAUUCUGUUGUUAUCAUGGAGCAGUAAAAUGUUUCAAGUUUUUAAGAACAAGAUGUAUAUCAGAAAUCACACAAAAAUGUCUCCAAUUUUCAUUUCUUAGUGGUGUCCCAGAUAUAUUAAAUGAAUGUUUGAAAUAUCAAAGGCCAGAUCAAAAAUGCAUGAAAUAUGCCAUUAUUUCUCACAAUAUCGACUUUGUGACAUUUUUAAUGAAUGAAUUUCAUCUAAAAAUUAAUGUCAACCUGUGUGCAAAAUAUAAAAACAUAUCUGCAUUUUUUGCAUAUAUUAAUCGAAAACUUGAUAGAUAUGAUGUUGAUAGUUCAUUUUAUUGUUCUUUGACAUUUGCAAUUUCUUCCAUGGUGAGAUUUUUCUUCAAAACUAACAAUAUAAAAUGUCGAUUCGAUAUGAAAAAAGCUGUUUCCAUCAUAAUUGAAAAUAAUCAUUAUGAACUAAUCAAGCUUUUUGCUUCACUUGGGGCAGAUUUUAAUGUCAAAGAUGAGAUGGGCAAAACAUAUCUUCACCAAGCUGCGGAAAGCAAUGUUCCAGAAAUGAUAAAUGAACUUUGUUCACAUGGAGUUAACGUGAAUGCCAGGGAUAAUUUCAGAAAAACACCCAUACAUUAUGCCACAAUUAACAAUCAUAAAGAAUCAGUUCAAGCUUUGAUAUCAUGCGGUGCAAAAGUAAAUGCCAAAGAUUAUUAUUAUGGAAAAACUCCUCUUCAUUAUGCAAUUGAAAAUAACAAUAUUCAAAUAAUCCAGCUUUUAAUUUCUCAUGGUGCAAGUGUAAAUUCAAAUGAUAUCGAUUUUAAUACCACUCUUCAUAUUGCAGCCGAAAGAAACAAUACAAAAAUUGCAGAACUUCUCAUUUCGCUAGGUGUAAAUGUAAAUGCAAAAAACAAAGAUGGGCAAAUUCCCCUUCAUUAUGCAUCAAUGAAUAAUUGCCAAGAUGUAGGCAAAUUUCUGAUAUCAAAUGGAUCAUAUAUCAAUAUUAAAGAUAAAAAUGGAAAAACACCACUACAUUAUGCAACAUUCUAUAAGAAAAAAGAAUUUGCUGAAAUGCUUAUUACUUCCAAAGCAGAUGUGUAUUCAGAAGAUAUUGAUAAGAAAACUCCACUUCAUUAUGCAGUUGAAAACAACAUUAAGGAAACAGUUCAACUUCUGAUUUUGCAUGGUGCAAAUGUAAACGCAACUGAUAAAAAUGGGAAAACUCCUCUCCAUUUUGCUACAAAAAAUAAUAGCAUUGAAAUUGUCAAAAUUUUAUGUGCCAAGAGAGCUGACGUCAAUUCCCAAGAUAUUAACCUUAUUACUCCACUUCAUAUUGCAGCAAACAAUAAUUGCAUUGAUGUUAUUAAUGUUCUUAUUUCUUAUGGCGCGAAUGUUAAUUCUCUUAAUAUUGAUGAACAAACUCCAUUGCAUCUUGCUUCGAAGAAAGGAUACGAAGAAUCAAUCAAAAUUCUGCUCUCGAAUGAAGCAAAUCCAAAUUUAAUUGAUCUUGAUGGGAUAUCACCAAUUGGUUAUGCGAUACAGAGUAAGAAUAUGAAUAUGAAAAUGCUGAUUACAUUAUUUGGCUUCUUUGGAUAUUUGAUGGAAAUAUACAUAUUAUUCAUUAAAUAA